AUGGUCGGUCCCAGCGUGUGCGGGUUCGCGUCGGUGAUGCGCGAAGCGCUGAAGCGCCACAUGCAGCGCCACACCGGCGAGCGGCCCUACAAGUGUCGCAUCUGCGACAGGCAAUUCGGGGACUACGGCACUCGACAGAAACAUGAAAGGUUACACAUGGGCGUUCGUCCGUACCAGUGUUCGCUUUGCGGCAAAUCGUUCACGUAUUCGUACGUGCUUGCCAAUCAUAUGCUGACACACACAGGAGAGAAGAAAUAUUCUUGCGGCCCGUGUAACAAGAAAUUCACAAAAGCUCAUCACUUGAAAUACCAUAACAAAGUCCACCACAAAGAGCUGUAUCUACAGCAGCAGUUGGAGGCGGAGGCCAAGAAGGUUCGACAGCAGAUCAACGUGACAGGACUCUCGGGUGUCAUAUCCGGACAAAUUGUUGAUGGGACACUUCAAUUAAUCCAUUCCACUAAUGAAGCUAAUGAAGACGGUGAGCUGCAAGAAGCACAGAUGCAAGUUGUGGUAGAACAGGAAGAACAGGGCGGCGAUGAUUCUGAAAAAGAAACUGAUCGAGCCGUCGCUGGGAUGCAAGCGGUGGUCUUAGAUGCAGAGUUUUCUAUGGAAGACGAUGAUAAAACACAAUGA